AUGGAUCAUAUGACUUAUAUGCCCAAGAGCCCAGAGAAAUCCAGUCCCAGUUUUCCUGAAGACGUUGAAGAUGAAGAGGAUGAUCCCAUAGACCAUGAAGUUCGACAGAUGAAGUAUCCGACACGAACGAUUUCUACCGACAGGCAUGAGGAACACGAAACGCCGGCCGAUGUCACUAUGCUUCCGGAGGAUGAUGAUGAUGACGAUAUCGAACAAACACGCUCAUUUGCUUUGGUCGUAGAUAGUCCGCGGCACCCUGCUGAUUCCUCUGAGAAGAAAGUUCACUGGUCUAACCAGAAUGUGCAAACUUUGUUAGACUGCGUGGAGAAGCACUUGGAUGAGUUCAACAUUCAGAAGAAGCACAAACAAGUAUGGCAGACAAUUGGAGCGGAAAUGGAAGCACUAGGGUUCACAAUGGAGCAUUGCUAUAACAAAUGGAAAAAUUUGCGACGAGAUGUGCGCCUGUUAGUCAAUAAUCCUCAAAAGGCCGUCCGAAAUGCGGAUAUUUUACGCCGUGUAGCCCGCUUGAUCCUAGUCAUUUAUCCAAAUAUCGAUGCAACUACUAUGCAAGUUAGUGGUGAACGAAACGGCGGUAAAUCUGCGCCGUCCACUCCAAUCGGAUCCGGUCAGUUAAAUUGUCGAGUGAAUUUACCGACAGCAUUGCACGCACCGGAUUCUCCACGUUACCUAAUGCCUCCGGGAACUCCGCACUCACUGAAUCCCGGGUUUCAUCAUACUGGCACACCAAACGGUAUCAAUAAGCUUAAAGGGAUUGGAAACACAAACUGUGAAAGCAUGGAGACCAAUUGUGCACCGGGUGCAGCUCUGUUCACCAAUCUCGCGUCGGACAACGAUCCGCAUGAUUAUUCUACCAUUAUCCCGUCUUCAACAGGCGAUCUCAAAGCCAACCAACCUGGAACCGGAUUUCCCUUCUUCUUCAACCCGGCAGCUGCAGCUCUCCUAGUUCAAUCACAGUUGUUCACUGAUUUAUUGCGUCAGCAGCAACAGCAACAACGUCCUCAGGAUAGCGAAUCGCCACCUAUGGAUGAACCGGCGCAUCACCCCGCUUCGAGCACUCCAAAGGUUACGGUCAGUACAGCUGCAGCGCAUACAAACGGACAGGGUCUAACCAAUGGUGUGAAUUGUCUCGCAAACAAUACUAAUAAUGGGACUAUAUCGAGUCUAUCCCUGGCCUCCACUCUGUUAAACGGCUUGAACUCUACCGAAAACCCACACCACAUUCUCCUUCCUGUAGUUUCAGCUUCCCUUACAGAAGCCGGUAGUUCCGUGGACCGGUUGCCACCAGGAAGCGAAUUGGCCGGAGUUGUGGAGCGCCUGCGCGACGAAGAAACUGUACACAUGCGACUAACCGAUAUGGUCACACAUUUAGCGGAUGAAUUGCGUGCUGCCGGAAUGCGUCGUCGAGCUACGCUCGACCAGUUGUUGGGUAUUAUGCAAGGCUCUCGAAUUCCAACCUCCCUAAUGCAGAACACUAAACAAACAGAUGCCAGUAAUUUAGUCUAA